AAGGAGCUUGUUACGUCACCGCUAAGGUGACAGUGGGGGCUGGGGUGACAGAAAUUGACAAACAGGCGCUUAGUUAGAUCGGGGGGUUAAACCCUAACGAGGAGACACGGCAGCAAAGGUGUUCAUUUUGAAAUUACUAACUCUUCAUUCAAAGGUGGGACAUGGCUCAGGAGACCAACCAGACGCAGGGGCCCAUGCUCUGUACCACUGGCUGUGGUUUCUAUGGGAACCCCCGGACCAAUGGGAUGUGCUCGGUGUGUUAUAAGGACUAUUUACAAAGACAGAACAGCAGUGGCAGAGUUAGUCCCUCAGCCUCAUCCGGGGUCAGCGCUUUGGGGGAGUCCCUGGCCACGCCUCGCACGGACAGCGGCGUCCUGGUGCUGGCACCAGCGUCGCCCUCGGCAACUGCCACCCUGGAGACCAGCAGCAGCCAGAAUCUGUUAUCACAAGCGUCUGUUACACAUUCUGAAGAGGACGACUCAACGGGGGACAAGGCAAGGCCGAAAACGGACCAUUUACAGGCAUCGGUGCCAGAAAACACAGAGCGGGGCUCUGCGGAGGGCCAGGAACCGUCCCCUGAUAGACCCAAGCAGAAGAGGAACCGCUGUUCGAUGUGCCGCAAGAAAGUGGGCCUCACAGGCUUCGACUGCCGCUGCGGGAAUAUGUUCUGCGGGAUCCACCGGUACUCGGACAUGCACGGCUGCACCUUCGACUACAAGGCCGACGGCGCCGAGAGGAUCAGGAAGGACAACCCCGUCGUCGUCGGAGAGAAAAUCCAGAAGAUCUGAGAAUGUCUGCCCAACCCCCCCCCUCCAAGAUUAAAUUCUUCACGGAGAUCUCAGCAAUACCCCCCCCCCCCCCCCUUCCGGCCCUUUAAAUCAUGCAUGUCACCUCAAAAAAAUGCCUAUUUGAACAUCUUAUUCAAAGUGUUUCCUUUGAAGUUUUUUCACUUUCACGGUUUCUUUUGUGAGUCGUGUCAUAUGAUACCUAAUAGGGUUUAUGUGAUUUUCCUGCCAUUUUUAACUUUAACAGCAGAGAGACUGAAAUUCGAUGUGGGUAAGAUUGCAUGGUCCCCCGCCCCUUUACUUUGUACUGUGUAUAUAGUUUUCCUAUAUUUCAGCACAACUUUUUCUGAUAGUGUUUUUAAGGCACUAAUAGGUAUUUAUCACUGAAUGUAUUCAGAUGCGUGUGGCUGAUCCUUUUUGCUCUACAUUAACAAAACGAUUUUUGCAAACGUUUGCAUAUUUUCUGUGUAUGAUCUAGAGAGAUGAACGUGUGUGUGCGUGAGCGUGAGCGGUAUGGACUAGACUGUUUGCAUUUCACUGUUGGCUGUGAGUUUUAUUGGGAAAAUAUAGUUCAUUUAUAUGAAUGCACAAAAGAUGUAUAACCCGAAAGAAUUGUGCUGUAUUUAUGUUAGUUAAUUCACUGCAUAACUUUGAUCUCAAUAAAGUUAAUUUUAAUUUUA